AUGAAGAGCUUGUAUGAAGUUACCGGAGGGAUACUUAUUACCUUUGGGAUUAUAAGCAUUUUUUCUGGAAUUUGUGCUUUCUUCCCUGUUUUUUCUUAUAAGCCUUGGUUUGCCGGAUGGAGCGUUUGUCUCGCCAGUCCCAUUUGGAGUGGAGCUUUGGCUGUUACUGCUGGUGUCCUUCUCCUUUUGGCUGCCAGAGGACGAACACGCAGAUCUCUGUGGGAAGCUAGUUUCGCCCUCGGCAUCCUGAGUAUCACAGGUGCCUCUGUGCAGUUUGCUGUCGCCGUUACAUCUCUCCUCCUUGGGCCGUACUGCUACUACUCAUUUGCUGGGAUUGCUGGGACCAACUACCUGGGUUACGUGGUGCUGUUCCCCUUUUCCUAUGCCGACUUCCCAAGCCUUUGCAAAGACCCACUGCAUUAUGAGAGGUACCACCUGGCUCUACAAAUACUAGACCUGUGCUCGAGUUUUGCCAUACUCUGCGCGUCUCUGUCUUUUGUGAUCAAGCUUGCGCUGAGGCUGCUUCGGUUUGGACAUUUGAACAUCUGA